AGUGAACAAAGCAAUGAAUUACGUUUUAACAGAGAGGGAGCUACGUGGCAUCUUAGGCAGGGAUCAGCCGGAUCUUCUGAGACGUGGUGGGAUUGAUGUUGUGGUUGAAGUUUUGGAUGAGAACUACGCCCGCCAUGAAGAUGAGAAAUUACGGAAAAUCAUGGCUGUGGAACAAGACCGUCAAAAAAACAAAGAGCAGGAGCUCGAUUCGGAUAUCAUUAAUCGAAAAUCACAAAAGCUGUUGACAAAGGCGAAGCACACUCAACCUGUAAGGGAGUCAAAGCCGCCAAGCAGCAUUCCUUGGAUGGAAACACAGAAACCGGGCUUCCUUCCUUCCCCCGCUCUGAGAACUACGGGAGCCACCCAGGACAAAGAAGUCGUGGAAGAUGCACGUCCCGAACACGGUGAAGAACAAGCAGGGUCUAUUGCUGAAGCUUUAGAAAAUGAAAUUGUUGCAGUUCAGCAACAAGUGGAUCCAGAUGCUUGUUUGCAUUUACAACUAUGGAUGGUCCGCAAUCCUACGGAACUCAUGCGGGAGUUUUUGCAAACAGAGCAUAACCGGCCACUGUAUCUGCUUGGGAAUGGCCUCGUUGUGAGAGAUAUAAAAACAGCGACUGGCAAAUCGCUACCUGUGGAGGAAAUCCUUAAAACACAGGUACAGAACGUGUAAAACAGUUGGUGCUUUGUGGCAGAAAGGUUGGUCUAUCAAAUAAUCUGGCAUUUGUAUUUUGUAAUCAUACGACAGAUUUUGCUGACUAGCAAUCACCUGAAAAUUCAAGAAAACCACACAUGAGGAACGUAUUCCAAUAUCUGGGACAUCUCUAUAUUCCCUUGCUAUUUCUUUCAAAGUUUCGAAGUAUUUUCUGUACCUUUGUUUUAUAAUACAGUUACCA